AUGGAUCGGUCUCAGGAUAGUCGCCAGCAGGCGAUGCGCGACAGCGGACCAGAAUCCGACGUGAGAUGGACCUCUACGGCACCACUCGACGCUUCUUCGCCAUCACUUGAAUUGAACAUCACACCACAAGCAAAUCCGCUGCCUGACUCCCUGCGCAAUCUGGAGCUUGCAUACGGCCACCUGUCCCCGCUGCGGCCCAAGAACCCCAUCACGACCCGUGCCGCAAGCUCUGACGAUAGCGGUAACACCAGCCGCAAUCCUGGCCCCGCGCUCUAUGAUCGUUCCAGCUCCGGGGCCCAGCACCAACCCCUGCAUGCCAACUCCUUGGCGAGCUCACCCCUUCCGCCUUGUUACCCCAGACCGCCCAUGCUUGAUACACCUGCCUCCGUGGCCCGCCGGCCGCUAUGCGACCUCAUCCACAACACCGUUUGGGCUGUGGCGCGGGCGUAUGGCUUCCAGGCGUUCAACGCGUGCGACCCGGCGUCCUCCCCUGGCACCUCUGACUCGUCGCCUGGGCCGCAAUGGAUGGCCGCCACAGCCUUUCUGGCUGCCGACCACCUUGAGGCGCUGCUGUUGGACGUGCUGUCGUCUCGUCGCGACGCGGCAGAUCAUGAGGUGGUGCAGCUGCUGCUGUCGGAGCUGGCGUUGUACUUUUUGCUGUACAGCGAGGCCGCCAAUCUGCGGCACACGCCGGAGCUGAUGUGGUUUUUGUUCUGGGCGGCAAUCCACAGCCCGGCCAUGGAGCACUUGUGGCGGGAAGGGCUGCAUCCCGAACAGGCGCUUAGCAACGCCCGACAGCGGCGGCUGACCAUGAGGAACGCCCUCCAUGCACAACUGAGGGCGGCGCAGGAGCGGCUCGGCCACGAUCCCACAGCCUGCUAUCCGGACCGCUGCGGCCAGGUGGCCGUACAGCUCGCCAGUCAGCUGCCGGAUCUGAUUUCUGUCCUCGGCCUCCCGCCACGUCAAUACAACGACAGCUCGGAUAUCGCCUCUACCUCCACCUCCGCAUCCACUGCGUCGACCUCCUCCGACCUGUCACUGCCCUGCCCCGCCAGCCGUCAGCUCUUCGUUGACCUGGCCUGCUAUGGCGAUGGUGGCUUCUGGACCGACGUGCUGGUUUCGCCUCUGUUCACGGUUUUGGCCUUCGAGGUGGACCUUAUGGCAUCCAGCGGUCAGGAGGUAGCGCACCGAUUGGGCUACGAUGACGUCAACGAAUCCAUGUGCCGUAGAGACGUGGUGGGGAAGCUGCUGGCGACGUUGGGUGUGUCGAAAGAAGCGGCGGCGGCCGGCCAAGUGCAUGGUGUAUUGGAUGCGCUGACUCAGCUGGGCUACCCGCCGGCGGUGUCAAGUGACACCGGCAACUCGGCCGUGACGGCCGCAGGUGGCGCUGUAUCCCGCGACCCGCGACGGUUCGACCCAGUGCUUGCCGCCUCCGUCUGGUCUGACAGCGUGUUCAUCAAGACACACCGAGAGCGACGCAGCUGGGCGGCGCUGCUUCGCGCCUUUUACCGGGUGUACAGCCUACAGCUGGUGAUGAUGCAUGCUACCAUGGCGGUUGCCUUUGCGCCCGGCUCUUUGCGGGCGCUAUCCAGCGCCGUGCUGACGCAUGCGGUGGUGGCGGCGCUGGAGCGAACUGCCAACUGGUGGCUCACACGCGGCACCCGAGACCCUCUGCGGGCCGCUAUGGCGCGGGAGAGCUGGACAUCGGCGCCAGUGGAGCAAAUCAACCAAAAGCGGGCGACGGACGAGGAGAUGGGCGCAGCUGACGGAAAAAACAAAAAUGCCUCCGCCGCAGCGGCUCCAAGCACCCUGUCGCGACGCAGUCGUCUGUCCGAUGACGGUGCUGUGGAAACGCGGAUGGAGCUGCGGCGGCGGACCGUGGUGGAUGGUUCUCCAGUAUGGGGCGGCGUAUUUGGCUGGCUGGAGUGGGUGCUGGUUGCGGUGGCGAUGCUGGGGUUGUUCGCCUUGCAACACAUGGGCCCUGCGCCGCUGCAAGACAUGGCCCGGUCCUACUGGCCCUUGGCGGCCGCAGGUUACACGGCGGUUGUGGUGGUGCACGGCCUGAUCACCACCCGGGACGGCUACACGCUCUCCCUGAGCAGCGCAUUGCGGCUGCCGGCCAUAUUCCGAGCCUCGUCACAGCGCGCCACUCCCAGCUCCUGGCUGCACCGGCCCAUGGCAGUGGGAUGGAGGGCGGCGCUGCUGACAGCGCUGUUCUGGAUCCAGGUGCUCGGUGUCAAGGUAGCGUUUGACUACUUCGUCAUCAUGAAGCCCAUGGCAGGCCAGGUCCGGCACAUCCUGCGUCGCAACUGGCUGGCAUGCCCCGGAAAACAGACCCACUACCGCCUGUUCGGUAUGCAGCUGCCCAUCCGAUGUCUAGACGGCGAUUGGCUGCUGGUGGCGCUGCGAGUGGCCCCCUUCGUGCUGGUGUGCCUGGUGGACACGCAAAUCUUCUACCAGCUGAUGCUCAUGGUCUGGGGCCUUGUGUACGGCCUUGUGUCAAUAAACCUGGGCAUCGCCGGCUCCUGGGAGGGUCUGCGGUCCGAAUUCCACCGGGCUCCUCUGCGCUGGUGGGCCCGAUGCAUGAGCGGCACGGCAAACAACGUUGCGCUUGCUGCGGCAGCAGCGAUGGCAAGACGGCGGCGGCGGCAGGGCCUCAUUGGAGGAAGCGGCUUCGCGGCCUGCCUAGACAAGGAGGACGAGGACAAGAAUGUGUACGACGGCGGCCUUCCGUACCUCAAGGGCUUCGAGUCGUACAGUGCCAACAAUGGCCGGAUGAUUGGCAGCUCUGUCAGCGACCAGGAAAGCGGCCCGCUGCUCGGUGGCGCCUGCCUGGAUUCCUGUCCACGAACUGAACAGCCGACAACGCAGAGGACUUCGCCACGGGAGCCGCCUCCUGCUGCUGCUCCGGACAACGGCGAUGGUGCUUCCGAGGCGUCGUCCUUUUUCACCUCGGCAAGCGACCAAAAGGGCAAGUCCAAGUCCAAGGGGCGUCACGCCGCGGCUGCCGAGCUGGUUGCCAUGCUGGCAGGGCAAAGUGAGGAGCAGCUGGCCCAGUGGAUGGCCUUCGCGGCAGCUUGGGAUGAGGUUGUAGAGGACCUCCGAUCCUGCGACCUCAUCAGCGAUCGAGAGAAGUCCAACCUGCUUUUUACGCGUCUACCGGCCGCCGCCACGUCCAUGCUGGUAGCCACCGCCGCCACCACAGCCGCGGGGUCCAACACAGAUGUCGCCUCGCCGCCCAUCCCGUCCAGCCCUGGCUCUGUCGCCGGCAGCGACCAAAGCAGGUCUUCUGGUGGCAACUUUAUCACCGCGCGGCCGCUGCGUCCCUUCCUCCUACCCGCCUUCUUCUACUCAGGUCAGAUCCAACGAGUGGUGGACACGGGCGCCGCCAGCCCCUCCCAGCAGCUGGUGCUAGCAGAGCUGCGGUCGCUGCUGGUGUGGCUAGGCUGCCAACUGCGGCUGCUGGACGGGCCCCAGGCGGCUGCGCUGCUAACUGCCGCUUGCUGCCCGGCAGUGUUGGACACUGCCCACAGUCGCAGCCGGGAGAAGGGCCUGGCGGCGCUACGGUCCCUGGUGGCGAGCAUGCAAGCUAUGACGGAGCCGCCGCCGUGCUUGGAUACGGGCAAGGGCCGGGGGAACCGCGGGGCGGCGGACGUGGAAGGCUGGCGGCGCUCGCUGUACUCCGAGGCAGCGGCGGCAUUGGAUGGUGUGCUCGCGGCGGUGGAGGUGGAGGCGAGAGCGGUGUUGAAGGCGCAUUUGGGCGCCGCCAAGGGCAAGAAGACCGCCGCCACCAGUAACAGCAACGGCAACAGCAACGUACCACCAGCCCAGGGCCACAGCAGCCAAGGGCUGGAUGGAGCCACGGCGGAUCCGCAGUCCAAGGCAGUCGCGCUGCUGGAAGCGGUUUCGGCGCUGCGGAUGGAUUUGGCGGGGCGGCCGGAGCGGCUGUCUGCCGCACUGGCGCUACUGCACCCUGAGAAUGGCGGCUCCGCAAAGUCCUGCCCUUCGUCCCCAACCCCCACCUCCACUCCCACCUCCACCUCCUCCCUUUCCUUAGUCAGUGUGGACUUGCCGCUGCUGGUCCGUGUGCUCUCCACCGCCUCCAAGAUGCUAAACCUCAGCAGCGCGGCUGCGCAGCCCACCGGCUCCGAGGCACGCCGCAUCCUGGGCUUCUUCAUCACCUCGCUCGCGAACCGUCAACUGUCCAAGCCCUGCCCCGUGGCCUGCAUGACCUCCUGGACAGUGCUCACCCCGCUGUACGCUGAGGAUGUUCUGUUUCCGCUGGAGGCUGGCCAAGUAGCGGAGGCACUGGGGCUGGAAUCCAUCCGCCCUUCCGGGUCGCGAAGCUGCCACCCUGCCUCCUUACUGCCCGACCUGCUGUCCGAGACUGAGGAGCACGUGUCGCUCAUGGCGUACAUUCGCUCCCUGUACCCGAAGGACUGGGAUAAUUUUAAGGAGCGGCUUGGGGCCGGCCUGGGCGGCCUGGACCUGAGUGUUGCGACCGAGGCCGACUUCAUGGAUGGUGGACCGCUGGCGGAGCACGCGUUAUCACUGCAGCUGUGGGCCUCCUACCGCGGCCAGCUGCUAGCGCGAACCGUGCGCGGCAUGGCGGCGUACGAGCGGGCGUUGCGGGUGCUGGCAGCAGUUGAGAGCCCCCGGCCGCCCGGGAAGAGCCCGCGUGAGCAUGCGGCAGAGAUCGAGGACUGCGUGGCAUCCAAGUUCACCCACGUGGUUGCUAGCCAGUUGUACGGACACAACCGCCGCUCGUCCAACCUGCGGGAAAGGUGGUUGGCGGAAAGCACGGACUUGCUGCUGGAGGCCUUCCCGUACUUGCGAGUGUCGUACGUGGACACGGUCCCGGUCGAUAAGAGGCUGACGGCAGCACUCGUGGCAGGGGGGGCCUUGGCACCGCCGCCGUCGCACCAGUACGCUGUACUGAUCCGGGGCCGCAGGUCCCUCGGGGAAGCGGCAUCCGCUGGCGGUAGCGGUUGGGGACGUACGGAGGAGUUAUACCGAGUGCGCCUGCCGUACAACCGGUACAGCAAGCGUGGCAUCAUCCUGGGUGAGGGCAAGCCCGAGAACCAGAAUCACGCGGCCAUCUUUUGCUUUGGCGAGGCGCUUCAGACGAUCGACAUGAACCAGGACAACACGUUAGCGGAGGCGCUCAAGAUGCGGAACCUGCUAGGGGAGCUGGCUCCGGAUCGCGAUACGCGGGCGGCCAAGAGGGCGAUGGUGGCGCUGCAGGCAGCCGUGGACGGGUCCAACGUUGGCGAUGGCGCCAGUGGCUCCCUGCCCGCCGCUGCUGACUUACGGCAAUUGCUCAGCGACUUGCGCAGCGUGGAGCGGCCGGUUGCAGUGGUUGGCUUUCGUGAGUGGGUCUUCAGCGACAAGGCGGGUGCGCUGGGCAGCUUCGCGGCCAGCAGCGAGUUUGCGUUUUCCACCAUGGUGCAGCGGACCAUGGCCUACCCUGCCAAUGUGCGACUGCACUACGGCCACCCGGACGCGUUCAACAAGUUGUUCGUCAUGACGCGGGGCGGUGUUGCCAAGGCCACUCGUCAGCUGCACGUGUCUGAGGACAUCUUUGGUGGCAUGAACCACAGCCUGCGCGGCGGCCGCAUCAAAUUCCGCGAGUACGUGAGCUGCGGCAAGGGCCGCGACAUGGGCUUCGACUCCAUCAAUGCUUUCGAGUCCAAAAUCAGCUCAGGCUUCGGCGAGGUAGCCCUCAGCCGCGACCUUCUGCGCAUGGCCACCCGGGUCGACCUGUGGCGCUGUCUGCACCUGUACCACUCCCUGGCCGGCAAUUACUUCAACACCUGGCUGGUUAUGGGCUCCGUGUACGCGCAGGUGUAUGCGGUGCUAUUUUUUUCGCUGGCAGGUGCAGCCGUACACCGUUACGUCACGUACUAUCCCUCACCGCCGGUGCCGCCGCCAGCCAGAGCGCCUAUGCCACCACCAGCCGGACGGCCCGGCGCCGCAACAUCGGCGAUAGCGCCGCCGCCGCCGCCGCUUUUGGUGCAUGAUUCUUACGCGUACGACACCAUUCGAGUGGAGCACAUGCUGCAGAUGGGACUUCUGCUGCUGUUGCCGUACUUGGCCGAGAUCGCUCUGGAGCACGGACUGUUGCGCGGCUUGCUGGCGGCGCUUGGACAGGUGGUAAGCGGCUCCUUCACCUUCUUCAUCUUCAAGCAACAGACCACCACAACCGCCCUCCAUCGCUCCAUGCUGUACGGCGGCGCAACCUACAUCGCCACAGGCCGUGGAUUUUCCAUCACCUCCUCCUCCUUCAUCAAGCUCUUUGCCAAUUACGGUCGCUCCCACAUCUCCCUGGGUUUCGAGCUGGGCGCCAUGGCGGUGGCGGUAGCAGCCACGUUGGACUGCUCCAGCUGCUCCUAUGCGGGUCUUACGUGGGGCACCUGGCUGGCGGCGCUGUCGCUGGUGCUGGCGCCCUGCUGGUUCAAUCCCAUGGCGUUCUCGCCCGCCAAGGUCAAGCGCGACAUGCACGCCUGGGCGGCCUGGCUUCGUGGAGAGGCGGACCGCGAGCUGGGCUGCACCUGGCACCAGUGGAAUCGGCUGCAGCUGUCGGACUCGCGUGAUGACGGCGGCACACAGACGGACCGCUGGCUCAACGUGCUGCAGAACGUGGCGCUGCGGGUCGUGCCCCCCGCGCUGCUGGCCCUGGCCGCCGCCUCUCGCCUCGAUCUACGCUUGGAGAAACUGCCAGCGCUGCUGGGGCCGUUGCGCAGCGCAUGGCUGCUGUUCCUCGUCGCCAGCGCGCUGCUGUGGGGUACGCUGGCGGCGGCGAUCUCCACGGCGCGGCGAUCUAGCGAUGUGUCGGACCAGCGGCGCUGGCGGUUGUGGGUGUUCUGGGUGGGCACGCUGAGCAGCCUGGCGGUGGCGGUGUUCCUGUUUGGCUUGGCACAUUGGUACUCGGGCAACGGAGUGGCGAACCUGUUCGUCAUCCUGUACGCCAAUGCCAAUCUGCUGCUGGCGUUACAUCGGGCCGUGGAGCAUUUGGCGCCCCGGUCGCCCUCGUCACGGCGGCUGGUAGACGGUGGGUACUGGCUGAUGGACUGCAGUCUGGGCUGGCUGCUGCUGGGACUGUUGGGGGCGCUGAGCCUGGUGGGCGUGGUGGCGCGUGUGCAGACCACCAUGUUAUUCAACGUCACGUUUGCGAGGUCGGUGCGGCGGGGCAGCCUAGUCAAGACCAUUGGCAUGUCAAAGGCGGAGCGCAGGCAGAAAGAGGCCGUGCUGGGGAUGAUGAUGGGCCAAGAAGGCCCCGGCAGCAGUAGUAGCAGCAGCAUGGGGGCUGAGGGACGAGAAGGGGGCGACGGCAUCGGGCAGGGGACCAAGGCGGGUAGGGCGCAGCUGCAGCGGGCGUGA